AUGCACGGGAGGGAGAAACCGGAGAACGGGAUCUGCCACGACGACAGCGCUCCGCCGGUGAAGGCGAAGACCAUCGACGAACUGCACUCCCUGCAGAAGAAGAGGUCGGCGCCAACCACCCCCAUCAAGGACAGCGCGCAGCAGGGCAACGCUACCUUCGCCACCAUCUCAGAGGAGGAGCGCCAGAAGCUCCAACUCCAAUCCAUCAGGUCAAUAUUUAAUCUCCAAACAAGUAUCUCUUUCUCAAUAAUAAAAAAAGGGGGAAACAUCCAGAUUCCUUGCCGGAUACUGGUGGGCCACCGCCGGAUCAAUUUUUCUAAACCUAAAAGGAAACAAUUCUUGAGAACAAGAAUCCUUGAAGCACCUGAACCUCGGUUGAAGAAUCCUCCUGCUGCCGAAGAGCCAAAAAAGAACAAGAAGAUCAUUGUUGAAGAUGAGAUCGAUGUGAAGUAUAAAUCAUUUAAGAAAUUUGAUACUGUUAAAGAACACUCGGAUCACUAUUUCAGCAUCCCAGAGCAUCUCGAUAUGGUGUUCCGUCUUGUCGGGAAAUUAAGGUGCAUCCGUACUACGCCAGAAGAACUGGAGGAUUUCAGUACUCCGGACUUCACAAUUUACAAUGUUGGCCAGUUUCCAUGUAAUCGAUACACACACUACAUGACUACCUCCACCAGCAUUGAUCUUAAUCUUGAUAGGAAAGAAAUGGUCAUCCUUGGCACACAGUAUGCCGGGGAGAUGAAGAAGGGUUUGUUCGGUGUGAUGCACUAUCUAAUGCCUAAAAGAAACAUUCUCUCCCUGCACUCUAGCAACAAUAUGGGCAAAGAUGGUGAUGUUGCCCUCUUCUUUGGACUAUCAGGCACAGGGAAAACUACUCUGUCUACGGACCACAACAGGCUUCUUAUUGGCGAUGAUGAGCAUUGCUGGAGUGAAAAUGAUAUUUCAAACAUUGAAGGAGGUUGCUAUGCAAAAUGUAUUGGCCUAACAAAAGAGAAGGAACCUGACAUUUGGAAUGCCAUCAAAUUUGGAACCGUGUUAGAAAACAUCGUUUUCGAUGAACACACUAGGGAAGUAGACUACUCUGAUAACUCUAUUACAGAGAACACUCGAGCUUCAUAUCCAAUUGAGUAUAUUCCUAAUGCGAAGAUACCGUGUGUUGGUCUGCAUCCUAAGAAUGGCAUCCUCUUGGCAUGUGAUGCUUUUGGCGUGCUUCCACUAGUUAGCAAACUUACUUUACCGCAAACAAUGUAUCACUUCAUCAGCGGUUACACUGCUCUGGUGCACAGUCCAUUGCAUCAAGCACAUCGUUAUGUCUUGGAAAAUGAUGUUGACGUUGAUCCUUAUAUUGAGUAA